AUGGAGGAGCAUUUCCCGCAGCCGUGGGUGAAGACGCCCUUGAUCGAAAGCCGGGCCCUUGGAGAAGCAGCAAAAUGGUCCUUCAAGUCUCGAGGUAUCGGGACCUACAUCCUGCGCCGAGCCGCUGAACGUCGGGGGUCUUCCAAAAUACACUUCUAUGCGGCAUCAGGAGGCAAUGCAGGUAUUGCCUGUAUCCACGCCGCCAAGGUGAUAGGCCACCCGGCGACGGUGGUGAUACCUACCACUACAAAGCCUACAAUGGUGUCCAAGUUGUGGGCCAUGGGGGCAAUGGGAGUCAUUCAACAUGGCGCCAGCAUCGCAGAGGCCCAAGAAUACAUUCAGAAGGUGCUGUUGCCAAAGGACCCCAACGGCUGUUUCGUUCCGCCCUUUGACCAUCCAGACAUAUGGGAAGGCAAUGCGACGACCAUGAGGGAAAUCGCAGAGCAGCUUGGCGGAAAGCCUGACGUUGUGGUCUGCAGCGUCGGAGGCAGAGGCUUGCUGAAUGGAAUCAUGCAGAUGCUUGACGACAAGGGCUGGAGUAACGAGGUCGAGGUCCUAGCGAUGGAGACAGAGGGCGCGGACUCAUUGAAUCAAUCUCUGCAAACCGGAAAGCUCAUCACGGCUCCGCGAAUUACAUCCCAGGCCACCAGCCUGGGCGUCGUCAGGGUUUCUCAGAAAACAUUCGACUACGCCCAGCGACCGCACGUCACGAGCAUCGUCCUCUCGGACGCCGAGGCCGCACGGAGUUGCUGUCUCAUUGCGGAACACGAACGGAUGAUGGUCGAGCUGACCGUCGGCGUCAACGUGCCAGUCUGUGACGGGGGUUUGUUGGAGAAGGCCCUAGGCACUAAGAAGACUCUCGAUCGAUCGAGCAAGGUCGUGAUAGUGGUUUGUGGUGGAAAUGACAUCAAUAUUGAGAUGCUGAUGGGCUGGCACACCGCGAUGUUGGGCGUGGAAGGCUUCCAGGAAAGCACAACAGCUGCAGCACCCAGAACGAGGCCACGCAGGGUAGCCGUGAACUGA